AUGAAAGAUAGAAUAAGAUCAUUAAAUUUAUUUAUAAACCUUAUAAAGAUAUUAAAGAGAAGAAGAACUAAAUUAAAAAUUAAUUUUAGAAUAAUUAUUUUUUUGCAAAAAAAGUCAUAUAUUGAUAAAAAUUGUUUUGAUGGAGAAGGAGUAGAUGAACAAAUAGAAUAAAUAGAAAAUAAAUUAAAAAAUGUUGAAAUAAAAUCAAAAAAAUAUUAAAUUGAUACUCUACCUCUUAAUUAAUGA